UCACACGGCUCUUCCUGCCUUGCCUCUUUCUGCUCUAUGAAUAUAUACGUAUUAUGACGUUAGCAGACGGCUUGUAUGGGAGAUGACACUGGUCUCAAGGGUUCCCGUGACGAACUUAGUGGGUUUAACAAAAGUCGAGGAUUGCUGGUCCAAGAAAAGAAGAGUGUUGCUUUUUUUGAGUUUGCGUAUAGCAUGCACAUCAUGGCGUUGUUCAUUACCUUGCAAAACUGCGGGGUGGAUCAUACUUCCCCCCUUUUUUUCUUCUUCUCUUAAUCUCUUGUCACCCACAAUCAUCAUACUUUGCAUUAUACUAACUUAUGCGUGCGGUUCGCAUUCUCUUUCUCGCCACCCUCAUUCUUGCUCAUAUUCUGUUUUAGCGGCUUCAUAGAUUUCCCAUUCGCUUUUCCAUUUAAUGCAUUGCUUAUCACUUUAGUCAUGGCGAGCCGUUCUUUUAUCUAGUUUAUUUCGGGCAUGGAGUGUUGGAGGUAUAUAGAUGUGCAGAUGACUGCAGGACGGGCGGGGGAAAAUAAUACGCUCUUUGAUUUCACU